UGGGGGGAAACUGGAACGUGGACAGUGCAUGAAUAUUUUGGUUCUAAAAUAUUAGAUCUAUUUUGAAAAUGUACACAGUGUAGAGAAUUUCUCGUCAUAAUAUAUUUAUUGCAUCGUUUUUUCUUCCGUCUUUCUUUUUACCGGACUGUUUCUGCAGGACAAAAUACAAUAUUUAUUUGACUAAACUGCGAAGUGGCCGUCGAGCGCAUAGUAACGGGUGUCCUUGUUUACGGCGACAGAAGAGUCGGUUGUUGUUUUCCACACUAUGCGGCAUUCCCCGGGGAACGAAACUUCGCCGCUGCUGCACGCUAGCGUAUGGCACUGACUGCACCUCUCUCUUUCUCUAUUAAGUUACACUUUAUUACGUAAACCCCAAAUCUCUUGUGUCCAAGUGCUGCGUUAGCUCCUAAACACCGGCAUUACACGCUGUGGUAUUUUAAUUAGAUUUCAAACUGUGUCGCGACAGAUGUCAGAGCGUCAUUAGGCGUCAUGGUGACAUGCGGUCUAAUGUUAAUGCCGCAGUGUGUCCUGCCAGGCUUUCUACGCUCAGUUCAAGCUCGAUAGUCGAAGGGACGCUGUGACCCUCGGUCAAAUGUAUGGGAAAGUUUUGUUCUCCUGCUAACGUGGCAGCUUGCUGGGUUGUUUACUUGAAAUUUUCUGGAAAUGUCCAAGACACGCGAAGUGCUACUUGUAGGGGAAGGCAACUUCUCUUUCUCGGCGACUUUGAGCGAGAACGCAGGCGACGAUGUCGGGGUGACCGCCACUUGCUUUCAAAGCGAGAACCAAACGUACAGACAGCAGGGAGCUGUCCUGAACAUACAGCGACUCCGUGACAGAGGAUCAGCUGUUCUGUUUGAGGUGGAUUGCACAUGCCUAAAGGAGCACGAAGCCAUUCAGGAUCAUCUUUUUGACUGCAUUAUCUUCAAUUUCCCUCACUGUGGGCGUAAAGGUGGAGUAAAGAAGAACCGCAUCCUGUUGGUAAAGUUUUUCCAAAAUGCCGUUGCAGUCCUGAAGGACAAUGGGGAAGUGCAUGUCACCUUGUGCGAUGGCCAAGGCGGCACUCCGUGUGACAGUCCAAUGAGAGAAUGGCACAAUAGUUGGCAGGUGGUUGCCAUGGCAGCAGAAGCAGGGCUAAUUCUCAGUGAAAUCCAUCCCUUUGACUGUGAAACGUAUCAAGGUUACAGAUGUACUGGUUACAGGAGUCAAGACAAAGGUUUCCAUGUAGAGGGAGCUCUGACCCACAUCUUCACUCGGAGUCUCCCGCACACCAUGCCAGAGAAACUGAAAAUGGAGAAAACCAUUGGGAAGGAGACAGUUUGUUUUGAGCUUCCGGCAGAGUUGAGUAAUUAUAUCAACAGGGAUUUCCUUGGUCAGCAGGCACAUCAUCCAGUGAAAACUGUCCAGGAGCAUUUACUUAGAGAGCUAAAGUCAAUCUGGCCUGUGUGCUCUAUGAAUGAAGACUUCCCAGAACUGGUAAGCUGCCUACCAGAAACGCCAGAGGCAUGUGACUCCACUCUGACCCACUCAGAGGUCUAUUGGAUUAAACCUACUGACACCUAUAUAUUUGACCAAAGUGAAAAUGAGCAACACGACUGUGAAUCUAUGGAUGACCAGCAAAGCUUUACUGGCAGCUAUGCACUUCGACCGUCUCUGUCGUUGCAUGUCCAAGAGAUCACCCAGAAUGGAGACUUCAGUCCUGGUACUCUUCACGCAGUCAGUGGCCUGGUCUUUCAGAGAGUGCCCAUCUCCCCGAGCCGUUCUCCUGCAUUUCACCAGCUUCUGUUGGUGGGAAUGUUCCCUGCAGAAUCCCAUCCUGUCCAGUGCUUCCAAGAUUGUUUGGAGUCACUACUUGCUUCUUACGGUGUCUCCUUCGAGGAGGCACAAACAGGCCUAGAGCAGCAAGUGUGGAUGAAUUCAAAGAUGCUUUCCAAGUUUGGGCGGAUCGCGUAUCUGCCUUCCUUUUCCUCAGCCCUCGCUGAAGGUUUGCAGUUAAUCGCGGUCUCAAUAAACUUGGAUCAUUUAGCUACCCUGAUUUUUGGCAUUUCUGAUUGCCGCUUACUUUGGAGCGCCGAUCCUCGGUUUCUUAAGCAUUUCGAGCUCAAUCCACUUGGACCUUUCAGUCCUUUCUCCCUUUACCCACCAAGCUACUUGCAUGAUAUCAGUUUCUGGAUGGAACCAGAAAGCUAUGAUGAACUGGACUUCCAUGCACUUGUGCGAGAGGCGUCUUGCGGUGCUGUUAAGGAUAUGGCAUUAGUGGAUCGCUUCAGACACCCACACAUGGGUCAUGCAAGCCUCUGCUAUAGGCUGACCUAUCAGUCGCCGGAUCAGGCCCUCUCACACAGCCAGGCAUUGGGACUGCAGAAUCAGCUGCGGAGACUGUUACCCCUGCGUCUGCAGGUCACGCUGAGGUGAUUGAAGAGGCUUCGGUGACAGUGGAUCAAAUGGAUAAAUAAUCUCAGAUUUUAAUUUUUAAUGAUGAAGGUUAACUUUCUAGAUCAAAAGAGAGUGUUUAUUUUGACUGAUUUGUUCUGACAUAUCUGACAAAGGAUUUUUUUGUUGCCGUUUGAAAUCCUAUCAUGUUUACAUAUUGCUUGUUACGCUGAUUAA